UUUAUAGCAAAUCUGGCAACCCGUUUCCCAUCUGUCACACAUUGUCAUUGAGGACGACAUAAACAGUAGUGCACUAGAUCCAUUUGCUGUUUAAAAAUAUAGCUUAUCACAAUAAAGAUGGGGUCCGGAGAAAGUACGACUAGAAAAGUAUCUUUCGGGGUUGAUGAUGAGGACAGAGUCAGGAUUCUUCGUGGCAUAAAGCUGUCAGAAGACGUUCUUCAGAGGAUGAGAGGAGUAGCCAACAUUGCUCCAAAUCGAUCAGCAUCUUCAACUCCGAGCCCCCAGAAUGAUAAAGGUUCUUCUCACGGUUCCAGCUCUGACUCUCAAGCAAAGCAGAGCCAACAACAACGAGCCAAACCAAGCAGCCAGUCCAGCAAACCAGCCUCCUUCACCAAGGAAGAACAGAGAAGAUCUGAGCACCAGCAGACAAUACUGAAGGACGAGUUGGCCAAGAUGGCACAACGAGAGCCGGAGGCAACGAGGGAGGAAGUGACCAAAGCCAUGAGCCGAGAAAGACAACGCACUCUCCAGGAAGCUGAGAAAGCCAAACAACUGACUCAGCAGCUACAGAAGAAAGAUUUGCAGCUGAAAGCACUGGAUGCCUUCUACAAGGAGCAGCUGGCACAGCUGGAGCAGAGGAAUUUGGAAAGAUACACGGAGAGCAAAGAACAAUUCCACCGAGCUGCAUCCGAGACAGAAGCAAACGUCAGGUCUCGCAACACAACUCCAGUGUGUUCUGGCCUCCAGGCUCAGAUUUUAUCCUGCUACAAGGACAACAAGGAGCAGACUCUAAGGUGCUCAGACCUGGCUAAGGAGUACAUGCAGUGUAUACAUGCUGCAAAGAAGAACCUGUUGGUCAACCAUGGAUGAAGAGGGGGGUGCAAUGGGAAAACCCUUGUGGGAUGAAGAUGUUUCUUUAGACAGUAAAAGUAGCGUGUGCUAUGUCCUUUUCUUGAAUACUGGGAGAGUUGGUUUGCUGUUAGCAUGCCUUGUUUUUUUUUAAUGACAUAAAUAACAUUAUGCAUAUAUCUGCAGUGUUUUGUUAAAGCUAUGUUUUGCGGGGAAGCUAUUUAAAAAAAGGUGCGAACAUCUGGUUCAUGCUCUGAGGCAUUGUUAUUCAGUCUCAUAAAUCUGAAACGUGGAGAUGCGUUCAAGGACGCUCAUCUCUCUGCCAAAUGUAAGACUCAGUUCACGUCCAAACCCCUGCUGCUUUUGAGGAAUAAAACGAAGGAAACAAAAUUGUGCUAAAAGAGUUGUACUGGAACCAUUUUUUUGAUUGCUUACUAAAAGAGAAACAAAACAAUUUCUAUUUAUUUUGAGUUUUAUAGUUUUGUAUUAUUUCACUUGCAUAAGAACAAGCUCAGGUAAUCCUGGCUGAGACUCUCAGUUGUCAAACCUGUGACUGUAUGAUUUUAAUAAACCAUUCAUAUUCAA